CUAACACAAAUCUCAGAAAUAGAAAUUUCUCAAGUGACUUUAAACAAAGUAUUGGAAAUGAAGUUGAGCCUGGUUGCACUUUUACUUCUUUCCUGCACAGCCCUUACAUUCGGAAAAAGGUGUCGAACUUUUAAUGACUGCGAAAAGACUGAAUGUUGUGUGAGUUAUUCUUUUUUCCCUGCAUUGGGUGGUUGCUGCAAAAGGCUCAGAAAUGAAGGAGAAUCUUGCAGUCUUGUAACUAGAGGAAGAAACGAAAUUUCAAGAUAUCAGUGUCCAUGUAAGGAGGGACUCACAUGUAAAGCUCAGAAGGAAUUCAAGCUAGGACAUAACACUUUCCCAUGUCGCACAGAAUGCGUGAUGACAAAAGACCCUGACGAUAAUGAAAUUCCUGAACCAGACGUGGAAUAAAGAAUUGAUGGAUUGCAUCAAGAAGUCAUGACAUGAUGCUGUUGAAAUCUAAGAUUUAAGAUUUUAUUUGAACAGAGAGUCUUUUAUUGUUGAUACUGAAAUGAUGGCGAAAUAAAAUAAUAAAAAUAAAUCUGUAUAUAUGUAGUUUCUUUUUCAGUAUUACACUUUUAUGUGUCAAUGCCUGAUCAAACCAAAUCUUAAAAAUAUUCUUUGCUUGUUUAAAGCAUGGGAAAAAAUCAAAAUUUUAUUUUGGUUAAAAAUGUUUUGUGGUUGGAAAAAAAAACAUUUGAAAACAUUGGAGAUAAUCUAGAGAAUACCAAAUAAUUUAGACAAAUAUCCUAUAACAUUGAUAUAUGUUGUAAAGAUACCUCAUUGUCCAAUUAGUAAUUUCUUUCUUAUUCUCAGCAGAGAAGCAGUAAGUAGUCAUUAUCAACCAUACAGCACUAAACGGUACUAACGCAAUUUCGUUCACAUUUUCAUUCCCAUUUCUUUCACUAUUCCCGUUUUAGA